AUGGUGCAUUCCAGGCUAUCGACGACAGCGUACGGAUGGCCGAUCAAGUAUGCGCGUUCGUUGAAUGAACUCGUCCGUGCUAUUCUCGGAGGAGUCAUUGGAAAUCGUAAUGCGUAUCGGCGUGGAGUGUUACACCGUGAUGCCAGUAUUGGGAACAUCCUCAUCAAGAGUGAUGAUGAUGGGACUGACGGUGAUGGAGUACUCAUUGAUUUUGACAGCGCUAUCAUGUUCGAAAUGCAUCAACCACUGCUCAAUGAUCCCCCUUCUGGGACUCGGCCCUCUAUGUCUGCAGAAAUACUGGGAAAUAGGUAUUACUUCAGUGAGGGCGUGAAUGAGCAACCUGGAGUAGGCGUUGUCGCCUCAAUCGGCGACGACGAUAAUGAAGAUGAUGAAGAUGAUGAAGAUGAGUGCAGAGUGGACAAUCACGGCGUUCACGGAUAUGACGAGGUCAAAAACGAAGACGGAAACGAUGUCGACGAAGACAAGGACGGCUUGAAGGAUGAGGAUCAUAGUAGUGACGACGAAGAGGACGACGAGGGAGACAAACGUUUGGCAGCUGUCCAUGGCCCACCUCACAGCGUCAUUCACGACCUUGAAGGUUUCUUUUGGGUGCUUCUCUGGGUCUGUAUCUCGAGAAGUGGCCCAGCUACCUGUCGCAAGCAACUGAACGACCCCGAUCCAUCAUCAAUGUUCUAUCGAGAGUGGUCAAGUCUUUUCGAGGGAGAUAGUGUGGUCAUGAAGAUGCUCACCAUGACCAAAUCCCGAACAGCAUUCGUGACAUGGCUCACACGCUUCCUUCCGAGUUACCAUAAGCCGCUCACACAGCUUCUAGCUGACUGA